CACCAUAGACUACACAAAAAAAUCGGCAGAAAUGAACAUACAAGACAAAGACAACAACCAUAAUGGAAAAAGAACCAAAGGUGGACUCAUCACCAUGCCCUUCAUUUUUGCAAAUGAGGUAUGCGAGAAGUUGGCUGUGGUGGGAUUUCAAACGAAUAUGAUUAGCUACUUGACACAACAAAUUCAUAUGCCGAUAACCACAGCUGCCAACACGCUAACGAACUUUGGUGGCACGGCGAGCUUGACCCCUUUGAUCGGGGCGUUUAUAGCUGAUUCUUUUGCGGGGCGGUUUUGGACUAUCACAGUUGCUUCCAUUAUCUAUCAGAUUGGUAUGAUAUCAUUGACAGUAUCAGCAGUAGUACCAAAGUUAAGACCUCCACCAUGCCAAAAUGGAGAAAUAUGCCAAGAAGCCAAUACAGGCCAACUAGCAAUAUUAUACAUAUCACUACUUCUAACAGCAAUCGGGUCAGGCGGGAUCCGACCCUGUGUGGUUGCAUUCGGGGCAGACCAGUUUGAUGAAACAGAUGAAAAACAAAAGGCUAGUACAUGGAAGUUCUUCAAUUGGUAUUAUUUUUGCAUGGGGGUAUCUAUGCUUGUGGCGGUCACGGUAGUUGUUUACAUUCAAGAUAAUAUCGGGUGGGGUUGGGGACUGGGGGUCCCGUCUAUAGCAAUGGCUGUAUCGAUUGUUGCAUUCGUGUUUGGGCUCCCAUUGUAUAGGAAUAUGGACCCAGCAGGUAGCCCGUUUACGCGGUUGGUGCAAGUGUGUGUGGCAGCUUAUAAGAAGAGACACUUGCCAAUGGUUUCGGAUGCUAAGAUGCUUUAUGAGAAUGAAGAGCUUGAUGCUUCUAUCUCUGUUGCUGGAAGGCUUAUCCAUACUAAACAAAUGAAAUUCUUGGACAAAGCAGCCAUUGUGACGGAAGAAGACUAUGCAAAAUCGCAAUCCAAACCAAACUUAUGGAGACUAAACACAGUCCACAGAGUUGAAGAACUGAAAUCACUACUAAGAAUGGGUCCAAUUUGGGCAUCUGGUAUUCUUCUAUUCACAGCCUAUGUUCAACAAAACACUUUCUCACUUCAACAAGCAAAAACCAUGGACCGACACCUCACCAAAUCAUUCCAAAUCCCCGCCGGUUCCAUGUCUGUUUUCACCUUGACCUCAAUGCUGGCCACCAUUGUCUUCUAUGACCGUGUCUUUGUGCCCAUCAUGCGUAGAUUCACAGGGGUAGAGAGGGGAGUUUCUUUCCUUUGUAGGAUGGCCAUUGGUUUCACUAUAUCAAUUUUAGCCACACUCAUAGCCGGUUUCAUGGAAAUAAAGCGUAAAAAUGUUGCUUUUGCUCAUGGUUUGGCUGACAAGCCACACGAAACAAUUCCAAUUAUGGUGUUUUGGUUAGUACCUCAAUAUAGCCUUCAUGGGAUUGCCGAAGCGUUUAUGGCAAUUGGGCAUCUUGAGUUUCUGUAUGAUCAAGCUCCCGAAAGUAUGAGGAGUACCGCGGCUGCAUUGUUUUGGAUGGCGAUAUCGGCUGGAAAUUACAUGAGUACACUUUUAGUGACAUUGGUGCAUAAGUUUAGCCAAGGGAAAGAUGGAUCAAAUUGGUUGCCAGAUAAUAACUUGAACAGAGGAAGGUUGGAGUAUUUCUAUUGGAUGAUCACAUUGUUACAAGUUGUUAAUUUGGUCUACUACUCUUUUUGUGCUAAAUUUUACACUUUUAAACCCCUUGAGGUUGUUCAUAGAGGUGAUAAACAAAAUCAUGAGGUUGAGCUAGGAACCCAUGUUUAAUUUGAACUUUCUUUUGGUUAGGUGUUCAAAUAAGUAAACCAAAGGAACAUGUAGUGGUCAAGAUCAAAGGGGUAUAUAUGUAAAUUCAGGUAAACAGGCCUAGUUAGAUCAUAUGUUGUGGCUUGUACACGAUAAUUUAAAGAUUAUGAGUUUGAAUCUUA